CAAUCACCUGCCCUGGCGCGCAGUUUGCUGUGGAUCCAAAGAAGACAGAAGUAUUAGGGGAGGUUAGAGCUGGAAAGCGGCGCGGAAAACGAUGGAGUCGGCGGAGACCGAGAUAGAGGCUGCAGCCCUAGAGGCCCUGGCCAAGCUGGCAGACGUCCUGGAGUCUAUAGGCCCGCAGGAGGAGGCAGAGCUGCCAGCCCCGAUCCUGGCUGAGUUUGUGAUGGACUCCCGAAAGAAAGACAAGCUGCUCUGCAGCCAGCUUCAAGUAGUAGACUUCCUGCAGAACUUCUUGGCUCGGGAGGAUACUGCCCAGGGCCUGGACCCCUUGGCUUCUGAAGACACGAGCCGACAGAAGGCAAUUGCAACCAAGGAGCAAUGGAAAGAGCUGAAGGCUACCUACCAAGAACACGUGGAGGCCAUCACAAGUGCCCUGACUCAGGCCCUGCCCAAGAUGCAGGAGGCCCAGAGGAAGCGGGCACAGCUCCAGGAUGCUCUUGAACAGCUCCAGGCCAAGAAGCAAGUGGCAAUGGAGAAACUCAGAACAGCCCAGAAACAGUGGCAGCUGCAACAGGAGAAGCGUCUGCAGCAUUUGGCAGAAGUUUCUGCAGAGGUGAGGGAGCGUCAGAUAGGAACUAAACAGGAGUUUGAGCGGCUAUAUCAGGAACUUGCAACCCUGAAGCAGCAAACAGGGCAGGAGCGGGAAAAUCUGCAGAGGCAUCAGACCUUCCUCCAGUUGCUUCACACUUUGCAGGUGACACCUGCACAAGUUAGACCUGAGCAAGGAGGGAAGCUACCUUUGGGAAACUGUGAUCUCUUACACAAAGACACGGCAGCUGGUGAGUCCACAAGUUUCCUGCUGCCUGCCAAGGAUUUUUUCUUCCUCAUUUCCAUCCAAAGGAGGCACACAAACCAGUGAAGAGAAGAGGAUGAUGGAGACUAGCCAGUGAAUCAACACAGUCAAGACACUAACUUCAUUUUGACUAGAAGCCUCCUAGAUAAAGUGAAGAUUAAGGUUACUCAAUGAAACAAAUAGGAAAACUUUAAUUUUCUAUUGUCUAAGAAUAAUGUUUUCCUUUUUAAAGAGUUUUGGUUUUUUUUAUGGUGAAACAUUGUUUUGCUUAUAUUUUUCUAGUUUUCAUAUUUUCUAGGAAUUGUCAUAUUUUUUCUAGGAAUUUUUCAUUUCUAAUCUUUUAAAUGUAUUGGUAUACAGUUGUCACACUCUUUUUUAUCCUUUUUUGAUAUCUGCAUCCCGUUUCAGGAUGGCCCAAUGUUACAGUUUUGAUUUUCUUUGUGCCUUAUCAAGUUUUUCAUUUGAUUCAUCUUUGCAGGUGUUCAUUCAUUUUUAAAUGUUCAAAGAUUAUAUUUUGUGAUUUGCUAUUGUAUGUUUAUUCCAGUUCAUUUAUUUGUAGUCAUAUCUUGAUAAUUUCCUACUCUCAUAUGUGUACACAUACAUAUCACACAUACACAUCCACACAGUCCUGGAAAGCAGACAGAAUUGAGUAAGAUAAGUAUAUAAUAUUCACUUAUUGCCAUGGAAAAAUAAAUCUUAGGAAGUAAAAACCCUUAUCUGUGAUAAGAUAAAUUGCCUAAAUUACUGGUUCUUCACCAAACUCACACAGCUAAGCUACAUUUUCUACCAUCCUUUCGCUUUAGAUGAUGCCAUGUGAGUGGACUGUAGCCAGUCUGAUGGAGACAGAAAUGAUGUAUCUUGCUUCCAUGCCUGGCUUAUGAAACGCCCCCACAAACCACCUUCUAUUCUUUUUCUCUGACUGCUGGCUAAGUGGAGAGGACACAGAGGUUCAAGAGGAAGGUAGAGACAAAACAUUAAGGGAGACUGGGUCCUUGUCACUUGGAAGAAAACAGCCUGAUUCAGGACAACUGUGUUGGACCAUUCUGUGAAUAAGGAAACAAUAUUUUGUAUUAUAUGAAGCCACUGCAACAUUUAGGUGAUUGUAUCAGAUAGCUUAAACCUUCUGGAUCCAAUUCUGGUUUCUUUAGUCAAAUAUCAGAACAAUCUUUAAACUUUUGUGAUAAUUAAACAUUAAUUUGGGAAAAAAACAUUUCUCGAAGGGUCAUGUCAAGUAAAAAAAGUAUGUACACUGUGAGUGGAAUUCUGGUCAAAGGGAAGGAUAGUAGUUUUCAUUAAACUCUCCAUUUCCCACACCAAAGAUGCAAAAAUACCACCCAGAGCUUCAUUCACUAUCGAUUUCUUUCAUUCUGUGCUUAAAUUCCUAGGCAUAUCUGAUUAGAAGACAUGAUUGCUGAACUGUUUAGCACUUAAAACAUAUAAUGUUAUAAAACAUCCCUGUGUUCUUAGGAAAACUGAACACUGAAUCAUUUUGUCUCAUACUGAGAAAGUUUAUAAACCCUCUUAACAUGAGUUUUAAAGUGACUAGUAAUGAAUUUUCCCUGUACUGACCCCUGCUCUAAACAGACAAAAGUUUUGUUUGGUAGGAUUGUAGUAUGCUCAGCUUCAAUCUGUAAAUCAGGAAAACUGCUAAAUGUUUCUCUGAGUUUGAAAUAUUUUUAUCUUUGGGAAAUUUCUUUUGUUUACUCAGCUGCUGCAUUUUCUUUGCUGUCAUUUAAUUGUGCACAUUCAGAUUGGCGUUUUGUGUUCCCCUUUUUACUUCUCACUUCACUUGCAGUACUUUAUCUCUUACCUAUUUGUUAGUCUACUCUAGCCAGAGAAUUUAUGAGACGGCAAAUGAAUCACCAUCAUAAAUGGUUCUCAAAAUGUGUUUUUAGUAAGUACUUGCAGUAUCACAGUUCAGUGUUAUUAUUUUGGAUUCAAGUACUCUUGAAGAAUACAUGCUUCAAAUAGGAAGACUUUUUUUUUUUUUAAGGCUACAAUGAUUUCCUUUUAUCUGCUUUUUAGUUUACAGAAGUCACAUGUCAUUUUUUACAUUUCCGUAUUCGCUUUGUAUUUACUUCCCCCAAUCCCUCUUCGCCCUCAAACUUUCCCCUUCCACCAGAAGGCACACUGGGAUGAGAACUGUUGAGGAUGGUGAGAUUUGGGGAUGGCUGGUUUUCCUCAUUUUUUUUUUCCCCCUGAAUUCAUUGGUCUUAAAGACCUGUUUACCUAUAAACAAUAUCUAAUUAUCAUUUUUAUUUUUUUAUGUUUUAAUUUCAAAAUUGAUUUUAUUGCAGCCAAAACACUGGAAUAACUAUAUAAUACAUGAUUAUAUAUAAUUAUCUUUUUAAAAUUAAAGUAAUAA